AGCAGAUAGCACUUCCUCUCGCUGCAAGCUUCCUCGCGGUCCUUCCGCCUUCUUUCCUGACUUUGGCUUCCUCUGCGGCCUUCCGUGUCUCCAGAGUUCCGUGUCCAGAUGCUUCCCAAGCGGCGGCGAGUGCGGGCUGAGUCACCACGCUGCAUUGUUGCUUCCUCCGCGCCGCCGCCGCCGCCGGCGCGCUUCCCGGGGGUGGCCAUUUACCUGGCGGAACCGCGCAUGGGCCGCAGCCGCCGGGCCUUCCUCACGCGCCUAGCGCGGUCCAAAGGCUUCCGCAUCCUAGAUACCUACAGCUCAGAGGUGACACAUGUGGUCAUGGAGCAGACUUCAGCCAAGGAGGCCAUCUGCUGGCAGAAGAACAUGGAUGCUCAUCUCCCAGGUUGCCCCCAGCCAGUUCUGCUGGACAUCAGCUGGUUUACAGAGAGCAUGGCCGCUGGGCAGCCUGUCCCUGAGGAGCCCCGGCACCGCUUGGAGGUAACUCAACCCAAGAAGGAGCCCCCAAGCUCAGUGAUGAUGCCAGCUUAUGCCUGUCAGCGACCCACCCCACUCACACACCACAACGUUACCCUCUCAGAGGCUCUGGAGAUCCUGGCAGAGGCUGCAGGUUUUGAAGGCAAUGAGGGCCGCCUUCUCUCCUUCUACAGAGCAGCCUCGGUGCUCAAGUCCCUUCCCUGCCCUGUCACAUCCCUGAGCCAGCUGCAGGGGCUGCCCCACUUUGGAGAGCAUUCCUCUAGAGUAAUCCAGGAGCUGCUGGAACAUGGAACAUGUGAGGAGGUGGAACAGGUUCGCUGCUCAGAAAGGCACCAGACCAUGAAGCUCUUCACCCAAGUCUUUGGGGUCGGUGUGAAGACUGCCAACCGGUGGUACCUGGAAGGACUGCGAACCCUGGAGGAGCUCAGAGAGCAGCCGCAGAGACUGACCCAGCAGCAGAAAGCAGGGCUUCAGUACUACCAGGACCUGAGCACCCCAGUUGGUCGAGCUGAUGCUGAGGCUCUGCAGCAACUGGUGGAGGCAGCCGUGAGACAAACCUUGCCUGGAGCCACUGUCACACUGACUGGCGGUUUCCGGAGGGGGAAGUUACAAGGUCAUGAUGUGGAUUUCCUUAUCACUCACCCUGAGGAGGGCCAAGAAGUGGGGCUGCUGCCCAAAGUGAUGAGCCACCUACAGAGCCAGGGACUUGUCCUGUAUCACCAGUACCAUCGCAGCCACUUAGACUCUACCCACCUCCUGCGGCAGAACUACACCAUGGAUGCUUUUGAAAGGAGUUUCUGCAUCUUGGGCUUGCCCCAAUCCCCACAUGCAGCUUCAGCGGGGGCCCUGCAUCCCUGUCCAACACGGAAAGCCGUGAGAGUAGAUCUUGUGGUCACUCCCAAUAGCCAGUUCCCCUUUGCUCUUCUUGGCUGGACUGGCUCCCAGCUUUUUGAGCGGGAGCUACGGCGUUUCAGUCGGCAGGAGAAAGGGCUGUGGCUGAACAGCCAUAGUCUUUUUGAUCCUGAGCGGAAGACAUUUUUCCAUGCAACUUCUGAGGAAGACAUUUUCAGAUUCCUGGGCCUCAAGUACCUUCCUCCAGAGCAGAGAAAUGCCUGAUCCUGCCUGCUGGCUACCACAUCCACCAUCCACAAAAAAUGAGGGGU